GGCAGCGAGUCCCGGUGAGGGGCCCGGCCAUGCGCGGCCCUGGCGCGGCCAUGCAGCGCUUCCUCGGCCCACUGCUGUGCCUCUGGGCGCUGCGGCUCCCGGCGGGAAGCGGCGCGGCCGCCCGCGGGCUGGACGUGGCUUCCUACCGGGAGCGGGUGCGUGCCAUGUUCUACCACGCCUACGAGCACUAUCUGGAGAGCGCCUUCCCUUACGAUGAGCUGAGGCCGCUGACGUGCGACGGGCAGGACACCUGGGGCAGCUUCUCCCUGACCCUCAUCGACGCCCUGGACACCCUGCUGAUCUUGGGAAAUGUUUCUGAGUUCCAGCGAGUUGUCAACGUGCUGCAGGAGGGGGUGGACUUCGAUAUCGAUGUCAACGCAUCUGUCUUUGAAACAAACAUUCGAGUGGUGGGAGGGCUCCUCUCUGCUCACCUGCUCUCCAGGAAGGCUGGGGUUGAAGUGGAAGCAGGCUGGCCAUGCUCAGGACCUCUCCUGAGGAUGGCUGAGGAAGCAGCUCGCAAGCUGCUGCCAGCUUUCCAGACCCCCACUGGGAUGCCCUAUGGCACAGUGAACCUGCUGCACGGGGUAAACCCCGGGGAGACCCCAGUCACCUGUACUGCUGGAAUUGGCACGUUUAUAGUGGAGUUUGCCACCUUAAGCCACCUCACUGGUGACCCAGUGUUCGAGGACGUUGCCAGGAAGGCUUUGAAGGCCCUGUGGAAAAAUCGCUCAGAUAUUGGGCUGGUGGGAAACCACAUUGAUGUGAUCACUGCCAAGUGGGUGGCCCAGGAUGCUGGGAUUGGGGCAGGGGUGGACUCCUACUUUGAGUAUCUGGUUAAAGGAGCCAUCCUCCUGCAGGACAAGGAGCUGAUGUCCAUGUUUUUAGAAUAUAACAAAGCUAUCAAAAAUUACACCAAGUUUGAUGACUGGUACCUGUGGGUUCAGAUGUACAAAGGAACAGUGUCCAUGCCUGUGUUCCAGUCCCUGGAGGCCUAUUGGCCAGGCCUGCAGAGCCUCAUUGGGGAUGUAGAUAAUGCCAUGCGCACCUUCCUCAACUAUUACACGGUCUGGAAGCAGUUUGGAGGCCUGCCUGAGUUCUACAACAUUCCCCAGGGAUACACAGUGGACAAGAGGGAAGGAUAUCCACUCAGGCCUGAGCUGAUUGAGAGCGCCAUGUAUCUGUACCGUGCCACGAGAGACCCCACGCUCCUGGAGCUGGGCAGAGAUGCUGUGGAGUCCAUAGAGAAAAUCAGCAAGGUGGACUGUGGGUUUGCAACUAUCAAAGACUUGAGGGACCACAGGCUGGAUAAUCGCAUGGAAUCCUUCUUCUUGGCUGAAACAAUCAAAUACUUGUACCUGCUGUUUGACCCAGACAACUUCAUCCACAAUGACGGCUCAGACUUUGAUGUGGUGGUCACACCAUAUGGGGAAUGUGUUCUCAGUGCUGGAGGGUACAUCUUCAACACUGAGGCUCAUCCCAUUGACCCUGCUGCCCUGCACUGCUGCCGGAGGCGCAAAGAAGAGCAGUGGGAGGUGGAAGACUUGAUGAGGGAAUUCUACUCACAGAAGAAAACCAAGAAAUUCACUUUAAAAAAAGCUCCUAACCAUGGUGAAGGGGAGAGUGCAAAUGACCCCGAAGAUGCCUCUUCAGAGAAAGCUGGAGAGAAGAGAAACUCUAAGAAAAGCUCACACUCCCUCCUGAGCUGCCCCAGUCAAUCUUUUAACUCCAAGCUUGCAGUACUGGGACAGGUCUUCCUAGAUAACACCUGAU